CACCGUACCCAAACCGACCUGCAUCUGCACCUGCCUACGCCUGAGCGCCUGCCUGCAUCAGCAGCCCAGCACCUGCCUGCGACCACCCGCACACCGUACCUGAGGUUUUUGGGUAGGUAUCACCAAACAGCAAAGGAAACUACGACUGCAAUUGCACCUGGCCAGCUGGCGACACCGGCCGCGACAACCUUCCCACCUGUCGCCUCUUCUUCUCCCCUCCGUUUUUGCUGUCCAACUGUCAACACCCUCGAAGCUCCAGUUCACUCUCCGGCCCGGCCGUGGCAGACAUCCAGUCAUCCACACCUCGACUCACCCAGCGCUUCCCCCUGUGUCGCUGCCAUUUCAUCUUAUUACGUACCGAAUCCCGCGAUACCGACGUUUCUGCGCGCCGUCUCGAGUCCAGACACCUUAUUAACCCGUGGAUCGCGCAAACAAGGCCCCAAGCCCGGACGACUCCGCCCCCGCUCCGUGUGA